UGUGUGCGCCCCUACCCCAGCCCUCAUAUCUCCUCUCUGGACAGCCAGCCCUGUUCUAGAGUUAUUCCAGGAAUGCGAUGAUGAACAUGGCUGCCGCGAUGAAGGCGCAGAAAACGGGACUGCUGGAGCUCCGAGUGACCGUGGACCGCUGGAUCCGGGCGUUGGCCACGCUCACCGAGGACACGCUGACGGUCAACCCCGGGGAAGGCGCCGAGGAGCCGGAGAAGCCGAAGCCGAACCCCCCGGGGGCUAUCAACGGAGACCCCCCGAACCUUAGCUCUAAUACCGUGCCGGAGACCAUCACCAACGUGAAGCGCACGGUGAGAGUCACCAAGCAAGAUGUCGGAGGACUCGGGAUUAGUAUUAAAGGUGGAAAGGAGAACAAGAUGCCCAUUCUCAUCUCCAAGAUUUUUAAAGGCCUGGCCGCUGACCAGACGGAGGCUCUUUAUGUGGGUGACGCCAUUUUGUCUGUCAACGGUUACGACUUACGGGAGGCCACGCACGAUGAGGCAGUGCAGGCGCUGAAGAAAACCGGCAAGGAAGUCAUCCUUGAAGUCAAGUACAUCAAAGAAAUGUCAGCCUUCUUCAAGAGCUCAGGGUCCCCUGGUGCAGCUCUCCCGUGGGACUCGCCUCCGCUGACUCAGAAGGGUUCGGAGCUGUCCGCUGCAGAGGCCAAGGAGCCCCGCAGCAUCUCGCUGAAAAUGUGCCAGGUGUCCCGCAAGCAGUGCCCACCCGACACAGAAAACAGGUAUUUCGAGGUGAUUUCACCCAAUAGGAAGAACUCAGUGUUCCUGCGGGCCAAAGACCCAGCCAUGGCCCAGUCUUGGUACAACGCCAUCCAGGCUUGUCGUGCCAACCUUUUACCACGUGUCAAGGAGGAGAUGAAGAGCUUGCAGCCUGGCAUGGAGGUCAAACACCUGGGCUGGAUUAUAGAACAGGUGGUCCAAGGUCCUGAGAGGCCGGUCCUCGCCGUGCUGACCGACCGAGAGCUGCUCCUGUACCCUUCCAUGCCCGAAGGCAAAGACGCCAUCAGCAGUCCCACUAAGAGCCACCCUCUCAUCACAACCCGACUGGUCCACUCCGGCCCAGGAAAAACCUCUCCCCUCCUGGACUCGGAGCUGUCCUUCGGCCUGCGCUCGGGCACCAAGCAGGGCGUGGAGGCCCAUGUGUUCCGGGUGGACUCUGCCAAGGAGCUGUCCACUUGGACUCACCUUCUGGUCGACGGCUGCCACAAUGCUGCCGAGCUUAUCAAGGAGGUCACAGCAGCCUGCAGCUGGAAUGGACAGGAGUGCACCCUGGGAGUGCACAUCGACGAGGGCUUCACGCUAUUCACCGAAGAGAUGGGUGUCAAGAAAAACGUCCUCCUGCAGCAUCCCUUCGAACGCCUUCGAAUGUCGUCAGACGACGGCGUCCGCAUGAUGUUCCUCGACUUUGGAGGGCCCGAAGCUGAAAUUCAACUGGACCUCCAUUCUUGCCCCAAGACCAUGGUGUUCAUCAUCCACUCUUUUCUCUCUGCUAAAGUCAAACGACUUGGCCUGCUGGCAUGAUGACGUCCAGAACUAUUAGCGGUAUGAAUAUCACACAAAAGAAAAAACAAUGAUGGCGGGAUGACGUUCUCCACUGCCGCGGCUCCUUUUUGUGGAAGAGCGACGGACACUUUUUGUGUUGAGGUAAAAAUGUUUCACAGUGACGAAGCAGCACAUGAAUUUAUGAUAAAUGUACGAUUUUAGUAGCAUUUGGUCCAUUUUCUUCUCUCCGUCAGCACCCGUCAUGAAUGACUUGCCUUAUCUGCUGCGUACGUGAUGUUGCACAUUUCAAAGGAGGUGACCGAUCACUGCGUGAUCCAAAAAUUCAGAAGCAUCCGUUCAUGUUUUAGUUGCCUUCGCUCAUUUUUAAGCUAAUUUGAUUUAUUUCAGUUUAAAAACUACACAUUUGGAAAGGUUUAAGAGACUACUAACACAAAUGGCCUGAAAGUGGAUGAAAUAUUUAUAAAUGAUAAAGGUACGUCUCUUUUUCUUUCCUUUUUUUUUCCCAAAUGCAUCCACUCUCGACGGAUCGUAUUCAUUACAAAGUAUUUCCGUUCAUUCAAUCAACACAAAGUACUUUAAGUAUCCAGUACGUUCAUUUAAACGUCAUAUUUUUUGGUCGUCAUUAAAACCUUCUCAUUGCUCUUAAGGAACGGUGUCAAUAUAUAAUAUGUCGCUAUGUAUUUACUCCUCUACACACACUCUCUCAACAUUAAAACAUAUAUAUAUUCUUAUUUAAACAAAGGCGUGCCUUCUUUAGGAUUGUUUGUACAUAACAUGUAAUAAACUUUGUCAACUUUUAGUUU